AUGAGUAGCUUGUUAGGACUUAACUAUUAUGACGAUGACGAAGACGAUCAGCAAACAGAAAAUGACAUUGUUAAUGCAGAACAAAGUAACAUCUUGGGAAAAACGAGCACAGUCAUUUACCAAGAUGUUGAUCGCGAAGAAACUGGAGCAAAUAUUAGUCCCAAAAAUGUAAGUACAUCUAUAUCUCAAGCAAUAGUACACAAUAUUCACAAUGUCUCAGAACGUAAACAACCCAAAGAAUCAACGGGUAAAAAUUUACCGCAAACAAUUUUAGUUUCUCAAAAAACAAUACCAACCUCUCCAUCAGUUUUCUCUAAUCUGAUUCGUCGAAGAGGCAACAACACAAUAUCACAAAAACCUCGUUAUGAGGAAUCUACAUCUCCAAAAGUAGGAACAUCACCAAAAAUUGCUGGGCAUACAUUAUCACCACAAUCAGAUACAGCUAAAAGCUCAGAUAAACAGGAAAAACAUAUAAGUGAUGAUAAGCCAAUAAUAUCGAAUGAACAGUUAUUAUCGGAUGAUUCUGAAGAUGCUAGACAGCAUUCUGCUAUGCGAAAACUAUUGACACCAAAAUCUAUUGAAGGAAGAGAAAACUGGGGAAUUCCUCCAGAACCUGAAGCAGAAUGUGAUCCAAUACUGCAGGAAAAAAUCGUUCAUUUUCAUUCAUUAAGUAAAAAAGGAGUUCAUUUCAACGAAAACCUCUUAAAAAAUAAAGCUUUUCGUAAUCCACAUAUAUAUAAUAAAUUAGUGGAAUUUGUGGAAUUGGAUGAAAUCGGUUCAAAUUUUGAUCGAGAAAUAUUUGACCCUUACGGAUUUCCAUCAGAGGCAUUUGCGGAUCAACUCGCGGAAGCUCAAAAGAAAAUUUUGGAGGAACGUGCCGCAGCGCAGCAACAACAACGGUCACAAAUACAAUUUGUAGGGCCUAAUUCCGGUAGCCAAAAUAUAUCUAAAUCACGACACGUUAUGCAAAGCCUUGCUGCUAGAGCAGAGAGAGGAUCUACAACGGUUAAUAAUACAACAAUUACGAAAUCAACAAUCGUUGCAAAUAGUACCACUACUAGUUCAAAAACAUCAAACAGUACAGGUUCCUCCG